AUGAGUGACCAAAUGUGGAUACCAGUGCCUUGGCUCAGAAGAAGGCUGCAAAACAGCAGGGAAAAACAGAAGGCAAGCUGUGGCUACCAGAGGGAUGGCUCAGCUCAACAUAGCAGCCAAUAUGAACCAAGUAAACGAGAGGUGGUUUCACCGCUGAUAGUGGACACGGCCCCAGACACCUCAUGUGCAGCUGCGCCCUCCGUGGCCACAGCUGUGGCGGCGGCCGGGAGCAGACCGCAGGCCCAGGUUUCCAAGGCCGCCCUGGCUGCCAAGCUGAUGUUGCGCAGCGGCGUAUUCGUCCUGCACAAUCCCAAAGGGCCCACUUCAGCUGAGCUGCUGAACCGACUGAAGGGGAAGCUGCUGGCAGAACUUGGCAUGCCUUCUCCAGAGUGGAACAGGAGGCAAAAGAAGACACUGAAAAUUGGACAUGGAGGGAAGCUGGACAGUGCAGCACAAGGUGUUGUGGUGGUUGGGAUUGGAAGAGGAACAAAAAUGCUGACCAGUAUGUUGUCGGCGUCCAAGAGGUACAUCGCCAUUGGAGAGUUCGGGAAAGCUACCGACACCCUGGAUUCUACCGGGAAGGUCACUGGGAACAUAAUGCAAGUGCCCCCUCUCUACUCUGCGCUGAAGAAGGACGGACAGCGACUCUCUACCCUGAUGAAAAGAGGUGGAUCAGUGGAGCCCAGGCCCGCCAGGCUGGUGACUAUGCACAGCGUUUCCCUCCUCAAAUUCCAGCCACCGUUUUUCACGUUAGAUGUUGAGUGUGGAGGUGGCUUUUACAUUCGAAGCUUGGUCAAUGACAUUGGCAAGGAACUCUCUUCCUGUGCAAGCGUGCUGGAGCUGACCAAGCAGAGGCUUUUUACACUUGAAGAGCACGCCCUCCGAGAAGACAGGUGGACCAUUGAUGACAUCGCACAGUUUCUGGAGCACUGCACAUGUCUUAUGCCGGAGGAGUUGGCAUCUAAAAAAUCAAAAUCCGAGAAGACCAGUGACCAGGUUUUAAGCUGUGAAUAUGUAGCUCUAUGGGAGACAAAGAGAGAAGAUGAUGCAAUUAAGGCGCUCUGA